AUGUACGUUUUUGUCAUCUAUUUAAAUUGUAUUAUAUUCGUAACAUGUAGAAUAUUUAAAAAUAUCGCAUUCACUGGCUUAUAUAGCCCUGUACUAUAUAAUUCGGCUAGAUUCCAAGUAAAUCGCGUACAUUUUUGGUCACAAUCUCAGGAAAACAACAAUGUCGUGGAGAUCCUACCAGAAUUUUUGGGUGUUGACUAUAGCGAUGAGGAUCUGCGCAAAGAAGAGGAAGAAAUUAGGGAUUUUUAUCAGAUGAACACAUUCAGCAUGAAGAAAGACAAGCUACCUAGAGCACAUCCUCUGUACAGGUUUCUGAAACAGGAGAGGAAGAAGAUCAUAAAGCUGGAACAGGAACAAAAAACAAGAAAUAGGGAAGCACGUAAGCAGGAGUGGCGUGAUUACUUUACUUCUCUUAAAGAUGGAACUUAUAAGCCCAUAUUUACUCCUGAGCAGAUAAAGGUCUGGCAUCUCGUCUUUGACAGAUGUCUAGAAUUAACGGGACCGUUGCGGAAGGAAAUUGAUACCAUAAUGUCAAAUGGAAAAUUGGAACUUGAGGAUAGGAAUGCCCUAUGCGUGAAAAUAAGAGAACAAAUACAAGAAAUAGAAUCGGAAGUAUUUAAAUCAUCUAAGAAGGAGCUAUCAGAGGUUGGUGCACUCGAACGUCUAGACCAAUACAUGGCUACUGUUCCACGCUAUGUUUGGGAUAUUUGCCAACCAGACUUUAGAAAUGCAUUCUACGUAUUGCCAGAAAAUUGUACUCUUCCUUCAGAUAUAACUUGGAAGAGUAGUGUAUUUGGAGGUGGAAUGGAACCGAACGAGCGGUUUUGGAAAUUAGACAAAUUACCAAGGAUUGGUAACAAGAAAAAGAAGAGGCUUGGACGUGGCCAUGGUUCUGGCAAGGGAGGGAGCUCAGGAAGAGGUUGCAAGGGUCAAAAGCACAGAUCCGGAGCAUAUGUGAAUCCAAUGUUUGAGGGAGGACAAACCCCUCUCUAUCGUAGGCUACCAAAGUUUGUUGGACGUCCCGUCGGACCUGGGCACCGUUACAAUAGAUUCCGCUACGAACUUAUUCCUAUACCCGAGCUAAACAAGGCUCCAGAUGGAUCCAUUGUUGAUUGGAACUGUUUGGAACGUCUUGGUGCAAGACUUGGGCGUUAUCAAUUUAACCAUCCCAUAAAGGUAGUUGGAGGGAAAAGAUCUGGUGGUACUUCGGCUUCACUAACUGCCAAAAAUCUCACUGUCAAAGCUCACGCAUUCACAAAAUCAGCAGCAAAAGCUAUAAUGGACAAUGGAGGCAAAUGUCUGUUAUUGCGACCUAAAACACAUGAUAUUGUUGCUGAAGUGUACGAUCCGAGAAUACCUCGUGCUAAGAGGUAUAUCUUUAGCGGGAAGAUAUCAAAGUACGAAAGGAAGCGUAGAGAACUGAUAGAGAAACUUAAGGAAGAUGCGGAGAAACAAGCCAUCUGA